UAGUAGAUGAACAUCAACACUGGCUAACCUCUUGCAAUGCUCUUCUCAGGUCUGGAUGACUGUCUCCAGCAGUACGUGAAGAGUUUCGAGCGGGAGCAGAUGGGGGGAGAGCAGCUGCUGCACAUCACCCAUCAGGAGCUGGAGGAGCUGGGUGUCACCAGAAUAGGACAUCAGGAGCUCAUUCUGGAAGCUGUCGACCUCCUCUGUGCCCUGAACUACGGCCUAGAGACAGAGAAUCUCCGGACUCUGUCCCACAAGCUGAAUGCUUCGGCAAAGAACCUUCAGAACUUCAUCCUGGGCCGGCGGAGGGGUGGACACUACGAUGGACGAGCUUCCCGGAGGCUACCCAAUGAUUUCCUCACCUCAGUGGUGGAUCUGAUUGGUGCAGCCAAGAACCUGCUAGCCUGGCUUGACAGGUCUCCGUUUGCCAGUGUGACAGAGUAUUCCUUACUGAAGAACAACAUUGUGCAGCUCUGCCUAGAAUUAACUACUAUUGUACAACAGGAUUGCACUGUGUAUGAGACAGAGAAUAAGAUUCUCCAUGUGUGUAAGACCUUAGCAGGGAUAUGUGACCACAUCAUCUCGCUGUCAUCAGACUCUCUGGUCUCUCAGUCAGCCCAUCUGGAGGUGGUUCACCUUACCAGCAUCAUGCCCAGUGAAGGACUGGGGAUGUAUAUCAAAUCGACGUACGAUGGACUCCACGUUAUCACUGGCACCACAGAGAAUUCUCCAGCAGACCAGUGUAAGAAGAUCCAUGCAGGGGACGAGGUGAUCCAAGUCAACCACCAGACAGUGGUUGGCUGGCAGCUGAAGAACCUGGUCAACGCUCUGAGAGAAGACCCAUGCGGAGUCAUCCUCACGCUGAAGAAAAGGCCCCAGAACACCCUGAGCUCCACCCCGGCUCUGCUCAGGAAUGUCCGCUGGAAACCACUGGGUCUGCAGCCAAUCCCCACCAGCCCCACCAGCACCUCCCCUACACCCGGUGGAACUUUGGGCAUGUCCAACAUGGACGCUCCCAGCAUGCAGGACGUGUAUAUCCUCUCUCCUGUGUCUGGACUCUACAGCACCAGGGAGGAGCUGGGUAUGAUGUCAUGCGACGACAUCAGCCGCUACAGCGUGAGCUCCCAGUCGGGCUCCAAAGGUUCUGAGGCAGUCAGCUACUACCUGGACCAGGACAGCGGUCAGUUCUUCUCCCUGCUAGAGGGAGACGGACCCCCUGGGCCUGACUAUGACAGGGGUCGCAAUACAGGGGUUCGCCGGCGGGACAAGACCCCCACCCAUGGUGACCUCAGGCCUGUUUCCAUGCCUCCCGAAUAUAACUGGAUGGCCGAGGCCAAGGAACCCAGCUUGGGCAAGAGAGGGAGCCGAGAUUCAGACAACUCCCUGCUGCGUUACCUUAGCGACGACAAGAUCCUGGUGAUUGAGGAGGAGCCCGAGGGUCCGGGCAGAGAGAGUCGGCGGGAUUCCACCAGACGUUCUCGGCGCAAGAGCCGCAAUCCCAGCAGCCCUAGCUUUCCCAUUAGCCCCUCCAUGCUGUCCUCCACUCUGCGCCUAGAUCAGCCACCUGAUCCUUUGCCUCGAGGUGCGGACACACUGCGAGCAGACACAACCGAAAGAUACUCAGGAAGCUCAGGAGCGGCCUCCAUGAGGAAGUCUUUCCAUUACACCUCUCUAAGAACGAAAACCAAAAAGCGAAGUAAAGGUUCCCUCACUAGUGCCAGUCGAAGGAGAAUUUCGUGUAAGGACCUGGGCCACGGUGACUGUGAGGGCUGGCUGUGGAAGAAGAAGGAUGCUAAAGGCUACUUCACCCAGAAAUGGAGGAAGUACUGGUUUAUCCUCAAAGAGUCCUGCCUUUACUGGUACACCAACCAAAAUGAUGAGAAGGCUGAGGGCUUCAUCAGCCUCCCAGAGUUCAGAAUAGACCGAGCCAUAGAGUGCAGAAGGAAAUUUGCCUUCAAAGCCUGUCAUCCCAAAAUCAAGAGCUUCUUCUUUGCCACAGAUUGUCUUGAGGAAAUGAACAGGUGGAUGAACCGGCUGGGGCUAGCUGCUAUUGGCUACACCCCAGACGACAAGGUGCCACGCCCGGAUGAAGACUACUGGAGUGAGAGUGAUCAAGACGAGGUAGAUGGCUCAAUGACGCUCAAACAGGAGGGACCCUCAUCCCUCUGUGAUACUUAUCACCGCACACCAUCAGCUAACCUCCUUCACAGUUAUGACCAGUUGCCCCGCUCGGUCAGCUCCAUGAGCCUCAUGCGCUCCACUCCGUCCCCACUCCCUCUACCAAUGAGUGCCUCCACCUCCCCCAUCCCUCCACAGAUGGUCUCUUCCACCUCCCCUCUCCCUCUCCAGGUCAAUUCCUCAAGCCCCUUCCCGGAGCCCAAGCACGGCCGACAUUUCUCCAGCGAGUCCACACACUCCCACUCCUCGGCCGAGGACCAGCGUGGAGACGGGAUGGGCAUGGGGACUGGGACAGGCAGCACAAGUACCCACUCAUCAGGCUGCCGUUCUUCCCAUCGUGAGCGUCGGUCCUGGCAGGACCUCAUUGAGACCCCUCUGACCAGCGCAGGGCUGCACUUUCUCCAGACUGCGCCGGGGGAGAGCGAUUAUGGAGGCCUUAUGGGGAGCAUGGCUGGAGAGAUGGGGCUGUACGGAGGGCUGGGCCGACAGAGCAUGUCCCCAGAGAGACGCAGGCAGGCCACGCUGCCCGUGCGGAGACACCACGCCGCAGAGAGGGACAGGGAGCGAGACGGGCCCUUCCCUCUGGAGCGAGGUCCACACACACACAGUCACGCACACCGACGGUCUCACAAGCAACGCAGCCAGAGUCUGCCCAGGAACAGGGACCCGAUGCCAGGGAAGCUGUUACACACCUCAGCUCAUAUGGAGGAGAGGAGCGAGGACGAGGAGGCGGAGGGACAGGCUGCAGAUAUUCUGCAGGGGGAGGAGGCAGUGAAUCUGACUCCUCUCCUGGGUGUCUCAGACCUGCGGGAGUUGAGAGUUGAGAGCAGAGAGAGGAGGGUGUCGGAGGGAAGGGAGCGGCGGGUGUCAGAGGGCCGUGAGCCGGAGCUGUUGGACGGGCUAGAGCAGCUGUACCGGGCCCUGGAGCAAGCCAACGUGACAGCCCUAGGAGACCCAAGACCCUGUAGCAGGCAGGAGCUUCGACGUUGUUUCACCCAGAGAGCCAGGGACCCCCUGCUCAAUGAUAGACUUCACCGGGUCCGAGCCCUCCGCAGCACCUUGAAGGCCAAAGAGUCCGAGCUGGCAGUAAUAUGUGCGCUCCUGGAGGACCCUGGCCUGUGCUCCCAGACCUUCAGAGAGUGGAAGCAGUGGCACAGCGAGCUCUACUCAGACAUCUGCCAGCUCAGUCCGGGCACCAACGGCCAGGACGACCUCUCCCCGCUGGCCGCACCUCUCAUGACCCACACACACUCCUUCAUUGAGACACAUGUGUGAGAAAGAGAAGAAGAAGCAAAGACUGAACUGAUGCACGCACACACACGCACGCGCACACACACACUGGGAGCUUUACAUUAGCUGAAUCCUCUCUCUUGAUCACGACUCUGAGCACGCACUCACACAAACACGCACACACACAGGAACACACAUUGUAAGAUGUGUAAAUAUCAUAGAGGGAACAGUCUGAGACCUGCGUGUACGAACUUUUGAUAAUCCUGAGGACCCCACAGGGUGCCUAUUGCAUGCCUGAACAGAAAGCAUUAAUCUUCCUUUGUCUAUGGAACUCAGCAUAAACUCCACACGCUUGUCGAGCAAAAUGGAAAAAAAGGAGGACUUUUUAACAUGUUCGUUCCUUUGUAUUCUCUCGGUUUUGCUAUUUUUUCCUGUUUAUUUAAGGGGUCAGGGGGAGCUAUGUAGCAGCAAUACAGAGGAGAAUCCUUUUCACCACAGCACUGUACUACUUUUGUACUGAUGAACUUUGCACCCAGAGCCACCAGUUCUCCCCCUUUCUCUCUCUAUCUUUUUGUUUUCUCUCACCGCAUAUCUCAUUGAUUUACAGGGACCUCACUUGUUUUUCUAGGCUGAGCCGACGGGACAGUGUGGGGAAAGUAAGGGCAGUGAGUUUAGUAUAAGACUGUGAAAGGUAGCCGUCAAUGCUGGUUUAUCUGUUUUAGCCGUUCCUCUGGGAACCAAUGAAAACAAGUGUCACGAGCAUUGAAGGAACCAUUGUGCUGGCUAGAUGCGCACUAUUUCAAACUGUGAACUGUUCAAAAAAAAAAAAAAACAACCACAAUUUUAUCUGCAGAAGGAGGCUCCUCUGACAGCUAUGAUUCAGUUUGCAUUCUCUUUUCCUCUCUUUCUUUUCAUUACCUCUCUCUCUCUUGCUCUGUGUUUCUGUCAUCUCCUCCUUCUCUUAAUAUUCCUUUGUUUCCUCUCUCUCUCUCUCUCUAGUCGUCAAAGACUUGUGUAUAUGUGUAUACUGCUGUGUAUACUGAUGUAAAUGUUUGCGUUCCACUACCACUGUGAUAUGCUUCUAGAGGUAGCGGAGGGAAGACAGAGAGUAUGUAUUUGCGUGGGUGCAAAACGUUUUGGGGUUUUUUUGUUUUCUUUUUUCAGUUUCUCAUCUUUUUCUUUUAUCAGCGAAUGCAAGAGCUGGAGAGUUCUUUUCAAAGGAGUCACUCACUACAAAGAAUGCACUUUCUAUAUCUCUAUAUCUCAUUGGCUGCAUCACAAGGUCUAUGUCUCAUUGGCCUCUUUACCA